AUGCACGUUACUCAAGAAAAUGAUUUACGAUCACUCGUCAAAAAGGUACUGUUCCAAGUUUUUUUGUAGAAGGCUCAAGCACUAUUUUUAAUGGCAGAUCAAAGAAAAAGGGACGCUGAAAGAUGAAAAAAUAGCGACGUGCUCCGAAAUUGCCGAGUCGCUACUGAAAAACGCAUCAAACAAUGUAGUAAAACACGAAAUAUUUUUUUAUAAUUGUUUUAAGGGAUUUUUGCCGACGUCGCUAUUGGAUGAGCUGUGUUGGUCGAUUUUAUUGAAAAUUGGCAAUACUGACUUGAAAAAAGCUGUGGCAACUGUUGCCACCGCUGUUGGAGUCCUUGAAUCUUCGGGAUCUGAAUACUUAAAGUACGACUUUUAACUGUAAAAGAUAUUGCCGUGUUCGAAGCGAGAUCCAAAAUAGCCGUCAGAGAAAGAAAAAGAUUAAAUUUCGGAGCGUCAGAUACGAUUUUGCAUUUCGCGGAAAUUACUCUGAACAUGGCAUAUAUUUCAAUCUUCUUUAAAAUUCUUUCAUAGGUGUAUACAAUUGUAUUGACAAGUUUAAUAGCAUUUUCUAAACGAAAAACCGUUUUCAAUAUUAUUUUCGGGUUUUCAAAAACGCCUUUUAAAUCUGUUAAGAUUGUGUUGUUAAAGUGCAAUAAUUAAAAAAGUCCCUGCUACAUACAUUGCCUUUCUUACUCAAUCAUUUAGCAGUUACAAAAAAAAUUCAAAGGCUUUGAAAAGCCUUGGAUAGGUGAAACGUUUUCGGAAAGUUAUUUUUUCCUCAAAGUUUUCAACGGAAAGGGCUUUUUACCGGCUUUUCAAUCACUUAUUUAUCAAUUUUUAAAAGUCAUUUUUUUACUUAUUCAAAAUGAUGAUUUUUCACGAAAAUAAUGGAAGGAUUAAAAAAACAACCUGAAUAUUCUUAGUUUUCUGAAGAAAUUACCGUAUUUUCUUCAGAUUCCUAACUUGGGCGACGGAAGUUUAUCAAAAAGUUCCUCUUAGAGUGGAAGAAGAACGGGCGAACGUUGUUCGCUGUGUUGCGAAUGUCGUCACCGUCGAUCGAGGCCGAUCUUUCCAUCAGAUGACGCAAGAAAAUGCCGAAGUUCGAUUUUUAAGUCUAAGUUAAAAGCAUUUCAAGAGUAUUUUUGAAUUCAUCACUAUAAAUCCGAUUCACGAGGGUCUUCAAAGCGCUAUGAUCCUGCAAAUGAAUUCAUCCUUCCAGAAAACCUUCGCCUGGUUGAUGGAACGCUACGACACCAGGAGUCCGGCCGUUUUCGCCGAGUUAAAUUUGGGGAUUGUGGUUUUCGGACAGUCCUACGCUGGUAUCUUCUGCAAAAGCGAAUUGGUAUCAAUUCGAAAAUUUCCUCUGAAAAUCCUCAUUUUUCCUAGAAAUACUUCAAAACAGUUCUGAAGUGGAUAGCAGACAACUCGAAAAGUUCCAGCGAUAUCGUGACUUGUGCCGAAGCGUUCAAGCAGUUGUGGGAAUUUUCCAAAGAAGAUAAUUUAGUGGAUUUGGUCGACUACGGAUUUGCCACUAUUGACGAUGUUGUGGUAGGUUUCCUGGUCGGAAUUUGACAAAAUAAAUUGGUAGAUGUUCAAAAAAAGUCCGAAAUUGACGCUUGAUUUUUUUUUUCUUUUGAGAAGUUUGUGUUUCAAAUAAGCUGAAGCUGGAGGGGGCGGCAUAGCUCAGCUGGCAUAACUCAUUUCUAACGUCCGCAAGGUCGUAGGUUCGAGUCCCCCCGAGGUCGACCAAGCCUUUCAUCCCUCCGGGGUAGAUAAUAUUGGAAGCUGCAUGCAGCGAAAAGGCUCAAUCUCUGUCAUCGGCCUUUGGAAAGCCGGCACCGUACUUCUUCCUACGACCUCUCUUGUACCUGAUGUUCUACGAGCGAAAUUCACAACUUCUCUGCCUAAGCCACAGCUCCUGCCGCCGUUUAAACACAGUUGAAAUCAAUGAAAGUCGAUUGCACAUGUAUUCUUACAUUGAAGAUGCAAUAAACAGUAAACAAAAACAGAAGGUUCAUAAGGUUCAACAAUGAGAAAACGUCAAAAUUAGUGAAAAAAUCUAUUCUUGAAUUUUCCAAGCUUUUUCGCUAAACGUUCUAUCCCAGGAAAAAAUUAUAGGUAUUGGGAAAUUUCUGAGGUUUUUUUCUUGUUUCCUCAGAACAAAAGUUUGAAUAUUCAUACGUUUUUAUUUUUUUAAAAGCUGAAAUAAUCGUUUUUCCAAUUUUAGACAAACUCGACGCGCAAAUUGAACGGGGCCAUUCGCAUGAUAGAAGCGUUUGCGGAGUAUUCGACUCUCAUCGUUAAUGUUUACCCAAAUCGGCUGCUGGAAAUAAUAUCUCGGGUUUUUUUUUCGGGAAAGAGAACUUUAUGAAAAUGAUUUUCCAGGCCCAAGAACUGUUCAAAAGACAUUGGAAUGAUUUCUCUGAUGCGGCUGUUAAUUAUUCGCAUGCCGAAUACUUUUCGUCUUAUUUCGGGCUUUUCGGUGUCGUCGUACAGUUGAAGAGUGUCGAGGUUCGUACUGUGACCGUAUGAAAUGAAGUGAUUUUCCAUCAUUUUCAUACAGAUAAGGAAGGUCAUCUAGGUGAAAGAGAAUAACUGAGGACAUUAUCCAAAUAAUUCUCCACUUUAUUGCUUUCGGCCUUUGGAACGUUAAGAUUUUUUCGAACAGUAUUGAGGGUUAUACAUUGCAGAGAUGAACGGAAAUGAAUUUUCAAGUUGCGGAAUGCAGAUAAAAAAAUUUUUUGUGCGACCAUAUUUUUUUUUUACGAAACGCAGAACUUCACAAAGCGCGAAAAGCAUAAUGCGGAAAACCUUUCUCAGGCAGAAUUUUUCGAAUUUUGAAGGUGAUACUUAUGUAUUUUUCGACAGUUAGCGAGUAAAAAAAAUGAUUGGACUGUGAAAAAUUAAAAAGAAUUGAAAAACGCGAAAUGCAGAAAAUUUUUUUUAGCGGAAUUCCGCUCAUCUCUGAUAAAUUGCUAAUAGAACCCGAAAAAAGCUAUUUUCGAAAUGAUUCAAAUUUACAGCAAGCUCAUUGGAAAGAAUCCUCUUUGGCUGCAUCCCUCGCUUUAUUACUCUCCUCAUCGGCUUUUCUGAUGUCGACCGAUAAAGCGAUCAGAAAUGUUGUUGGGUUUCUGAUCAAGGUCUUUUCCUUCUUCUGCCUCUUAAAUGAUCCCUUCUCAGGCAAGCUCUUCUAUCAGCUCUCAAGAAGGGCUCGAGAAGCUGGUUCAGUUUGUCUUUGAUGAGAAAAGCCCGUUUUUCGGUCCUGAAUCAGAUGGCUCUGCGUAUUCGUUGAUAAGGUUUCAACGAAGAAAGACUUUUUAGCGAAAAGAAAUGGAAAAGAAAAGAAAAGGAAUCAAGAUAAAUUCUAACUCGAUAUUCGAAAAAUUCUCAGUGCGAAAUAAGUUUUAGUUAUGAGAAAAUCAGUUUUUUUUUAAUUGGUAGAAUAAAAAAAAAUGUAUUUUAUAUACAUUUCUAUAUAUAAACGAACAAAUCUUAACUCUUUCAAUUUUGAACAGAAAAUAAAAUUUUUGGAUCGUACCUAGGAAAAAAUACAUCUUGCCAAUUUCUCAAUUUUACGACUUGAAGAAGGAGUACAUACUUUUAUACCAAUAGAAUAUUAAGGAUUUUUGAACCGAACUUUAAAAAAAUAUAUAUAUAAUUUUUUUCCAAUUUUCGUGUAUUUCAAAAAGACUUUUUUUGUCCAAAUAUUCUCUUUUUUUCAAAAAUUUGUACUAACCACAGUGUUUUUCCCAGAAGCGACCACGUUGGAAUGCUGACGGAACUUUUGCAAACGAUGCUUUCGCCGAUAAACUUGCCCAGUCUUCAGGCAUCUUACAAACCUCUGAGAACUCUUGUUAUUGGCACGAGAAUUCGAGAAUGCUCCCUUAAUUUACUCUGUAUUCAGACAUUCUUGAAAAGUUGGCAUCAAACAGUUAUUCGAACGCCACAUCGGUUCGAUUGGCUGAGAUACGAUUUCUCAUUUGUCUGACUUCUGUCGAGAAUAUAGCCACCAAGAAAAACUCACUUAUAGUGGUUCGUUUUCAAGAGGGGAUGAUGAAUAUUGUCAAAGUUUCAUUCCUUGAUCAAUUGACAAUUUAUAUAGUUCAUUCCGCGCCAGCUUGUCACGAUUUUCAUGUUCCCCUGACAAGAAAGGUGAAUUUACUUUGCGGUUAAGAAUUCUCUGAAAAUUGGUCAAAAUUGUGAGAAGCUGGCGCGGAAUGGGCUGAAUGUACCUGAUAAAUCUCCAAUGAUAUCUCUUCAGAUGAUGGGGAUAAAACCUGCGUUGUUCCAAUUUUUGCUAGAGGAAAUCCCAAUUGCUGAACAGUGGCUGAGCGAUCGACAUCCGGCCGUGUACCAUGUCGCCCUUCAAAUGCUGGUCAUGCAUUUGAAAGCGUACGUUUUUGGAUGGGAAUACUCAAGUUAAGAAACAUUCCGUCCAAAAGUUCCUGCUGGGCUCUCAAAUCAUUAUUGUAGGACUCUAACUAGCUCUUGAACCGGCUCUUGAUUUAGAAGGAUCUAUAAAGCUUCCGAAAAAGAAAAAAAAUAUCUUUGAUAGAACAACACCGUCCACUUUGGAUUAUGAACUUUUAACCAGAAUAUAUCAAUUUCUUGACAGAAGAGCAUCAUGGCAACCAGGAAGAAUAAUUUAUCCAAUUUUUUUUUCUUUAACUUUUCGAGCUCAAAGAUCUAUUUUAACAUCAUUUAUCUUGUUCAAGACAGAAUGGCUGCAAAGAUUAUGGGAAGAAUUGGAAUCAUUGAAAUUUUUAGGUUUUUUUGAAGUUUCAUUUUUCGAAAACAAGGAAAACCUUUUUUUCCAACCCAGCCUAAACCCAAAUGGCGCAGAACAAGUCUGCGCCUAACAAUUUUUUUUUUUUGAUCAUUUUUACAUCAAUUCUCCUCAGACAGAAAAUUUAACUGAAUGGUAUUUAAAUUUUAUUUUCUCUAUCAAAUAUGUUGGAUUUUAUUAAUUAUGAAUUUCCAUUUGGGAGAGUUCUUGGAAAACGUGGCGUUCUCGUAACUUUUUGCGAGGAAAAUAAUUGGCUAUUUGCUUUGUGUGUGCGUUGAAACCAGUUCUCAACGGGUUCUCGUUCAUUUGACCAUUGUUCAUUUUUUCAGUCUAUCACUGUAUAUUUUUUUUAAUUUCUUGAAAAUAGUUAAGAUUGAUUGAAAUAUGAUUGGAAAACUUUAGCCACGAGUUCUACGUGACGCAGUCUUCUUGGCUCGUUCCAGCGACUUCGCCCGGGAUUUCGCAGUCUUCGAAAAGCGAAUAUUUCCGACAGCAAAUUGUCGCUCUUUCAAAGAUAUUGAAGUUUAAAUCAGAUCGGAUUUGGAAGAGGACAAGGUGAUUAGAAGAAUAAUGAUGUGAAAGGAUUUGCAAACAUUUAUAUCUUAACUUGAAUAAUGACAUAUUUUUCGAAAUAUUGAAUCAAGCUGGAAGUCUUCUCCUAAGCCAUCGAUUGAAGCCAAAACCCCUUGAAUCUAGAUGGAAAAAGAUAUUCGUUAUUUUAAAUCAUCGAAAUGUAAGGAUUGUUGUAUUUCAGAAUAUCUAUAGGUUGGAAAUCAACCGACGUUUAUUAAAUUCUUUCAAUAUUGAGGGAUUUUCAUUUGAUUUCUCGUAUGAUUCUCAGAAAACUAUUUUCAGUGCUCUGAUAAUGGAAUGGCUCGAAACAAUCAUAGGAAUCAUGGACGAGACGUCGCUCCAACGUGUUUUGAACGAGAAAGAGUUCUCAGAGCUUCGGGUCACCAUCCGACAAGCUCUUUUGAACGAGGGAAACAUCGAAAUGUGAAUUUUGGCCCGAAAAAAGUGUUUUGAAAGGAUUUUUCUUCAGUUUACUUCCAUUGGCUCAACGAUUGUCCGUGUUUUCUCAGGGCGACUUCGAGUAUAACGUGUUUUUGGACAAGGCUUUUGAGAAGGUUCUUCAAUUUUCAAAGAUCUGAUGCUUUUUAAUCUUCUUUUUUCUGGGACCUGAAAAUAGGCUUCAUUUAUUUUUUUUUUUUCGAAAAUGGUGUUUUUCGAAAAUUUUGAAAACGAUUUUGAGAAGUGUACUUGAUAAAUUUUGGUUUAGGGAAAUUAUUUCCCCAGAGAAUUGAUGGAAAGAAUCGAAAAUGAACUUUUCUGUAGUAUUUUGGAUUUUUGAAUCAUUCAUGAACAUUCUCACAAAACUUUUUCCAGAUCAAAAAAUCGGACGCUGCUUCGGCGAAAAAGUUCUGGGCCGCUUUCGACAAAAAACUCAUAUUAAGGUUUUCGGGACAACUUGCGUGAAUAGCGAAAUUUCCUCGAUUUGCAGGAAAUGCCUGAACACUCACAGUUUGAUUUCGCAAGAAAUCGUCCAGAAACACAUAACAUCGAGCACUUUCGGCGUCGAAGAAUUCGUUGUCAUCACCAACUUUUUGGUCAAAGGCGUCUUGCCUUUGCCUUUCCAGUUAGUAGAUGUGCUUUGAGAGAAAAAAAAUCCGAGAAAAAAAAAGAUCGACGGCUUAGUCAUCUAAAAUUAUGGGAAUGCUGUGAAAUUGAUAGAUGAUCAACGAGGUGCCGUGAGAAAAGAAAUUAAAAAUUAAAAAAAAAUUUUUUGUCUAGAUGAUCACAAGCUCAAAAUAAAACGCCAUGAGGAGCUGAAUAUUUCUGAACUUUUGAGAUUAUUUCUCUAGAGCCAAAUUCAAAAUUGAUCGCAAGAAGAAAGAAAAAAGUUUUUCAAACUUUUAUCUGCAGGUUUCCCGAGAACGACUUCAUGAGCGAGACUUUGGAAGUCCUGGUGGCAACUUGCCAAUCCUUGGAAGAGGGCAAAACGGCCACCGAGCCGCCAAUCGACGGAAACCUGAUGGAAAAAUGGCGCUGGACUUUGGCCCAGACUGUCAUGUUCUGCGUCUCCAACAAGAUGAAGACGCCUCUGGGGAAGCCGAUGCAGACUUUUUCUGUAUUUUCCGGUGAGAUUAUAUCCAAAAGAAAGAUUCAAAUAGAGGUUCCAGGAGAGUUGGUGAGACUGGCUAAAGAAGCGCUCCGAGGGAAAAAAGACAAGGAAUCGGAGGAGAAGAAGGAGAUUUCGAUCGUCAAGAACACUUUGAAUGACCGAACUUUUUCGGCGAGUGAUGCGGAGAAAGAACGCGACAAAGAGACAAAAUCGAGGUGAUUAUUGGGUAGAGUGUACGGAAAGAUGUAAAAGGGUUCUCAUUCAAAAAAGGGCGGAAAUAGUUUUUUAGUGUAUUUUUUUUGUAGGUUCGUUUUAUCUUUGGUUCGAAGCUUUGAAGAUUGUAUAUUAUUAACAAAACUGUCUCAAAAAUGUUAUUUAGAUGAGGAAAUUCAUUCAAAAUAUAAAAAUAAAAAGAGAAAGAAAAAAUCUUUUUCGCCGAGGACAGCGAGGAAGAAACACAACAGUUUGAUAUAGUUCAAAGGUUCAGGUAGUUUGCCCCUUUGGGAUAAGAAAAUAAAAUACAUUUCGAGCAAUAUUAAAUAGGUGCUACCACUAAGAAUAACUGACGAGAUAAACGCGGGGUCGGUGGCGGUACAUUGACGAGCUCGCAAACAUCUCGCUUUUUUCUAGGCGCGAUCACGCAUUUAUCUUGCAUUUCGGAAAUUUUCAAAUUGCGGGAGAAAUGCGAGCUCGCGCCUAGAAAAAUGCGAGAUCGCGCCCAGAAAAAUAUUAGACCGGCGCGAGAAAAAAAAAAGCGAGUUGUUAUUUUUGUUUGCGAGCUCGUCAAUGUACCGCCAGUGUCUCGCGUUUAUCUCGGCAGUUAUUUUUUUAGUGACGACAAGAACGCGUUUUUUUCAUUUCCACGUUUUUUUAAAAUGGCUGUUUUUUUAAACUAAUUUUUUUAAUGAAAUAUAAAAAAAGGGUAAUUGAUGCAUUUUAACGGAUUCCUGUCGUUAUUAUCCAUUUCGAUGAAGUUCAAAAUUAAAAUGAAAAAAAAUCGAGAUGGAAAAUGCACUUUUGUCGUAUCACCAUUGCAUAAAGAAGCUGUGGAUACAGCAAGUAUCAUUGAAAAAUAACAGUUAUAAAACUAUUUUGAGUUUUGCUCAGACCUCUUACCGUGGCUGAGGAAUGGUUACGUGUACGGCUUCUCAUCGAGUUUGUCGAGAUUCUGGAGAAGAUGAUCGUCAACGCCAAUAACAACGGCACAAUGACUCCGUUAUGCACUCCCUUGACUCAACAAGCUCGGCAGUUCUUCACGACCAAUGCCAACAGUUGCAACGAAUGGCUUCUCCGGACCUACUACUCGGCCAGCGUUGUUUCCUAUUAUAACGGAUACUAUGCGCAGGUGUGUAUGUCCGUCAACCGAAAGAAAGAUAAGCAGAGGAUCUCUUUUCUGUCUUAAAUGGAUCAACUUCAAAAAAAAUUCAGGUCAUUCGAUUCGGAUCAAACUCUCUGGCCGAGUACGAGAAAAAGGCUUUGUUGCCGGAGAAGGAGGAAAACGGGCAGGGCAAGGUGCCGCCAAUGGUCCUGCUGACGGUGAUGUGGAUGGCGAGGGCGAUGGCGGCUCUCGGAUUGGAGCAGGCGACGAAAGGACUCUCCAAGUGGUGCUCCAAGGUCUACGGCGUCGAGAAAGUGCCCGUCGUCGACGCCAUGGGACACAUCGCUUCUGGACGGUUUUUUUCAAAAGAAUAUGGUCUUGGGCCAUACGUUGAAUGUUUACGCACCGUGUGAAUGAGUUUGAAGCAGGAAAACUAGAGUUUUAGGAAUGUAUCUCGUAGGCUGGAAGAGUUGGAAAAAUUUAUAUUUACUUCUUGAAGCCCAUUUACACCUCAUGCGUAAACGUUCAUGCAUCUGACCGUUGUUUCUCAACCUUCUUUUCUAGAUUCGAAGACGCUCUCACACUUCUCGAAGCGGUUUCCAAGGAAGACUUCUCAGACUCGGCAAAAGUUCUCGUCCGAGACACUGUUAGGAUCCCUUCAAGACGUCACAAGCCUUUCUUCCAUUCCAGAUGGUCUAUGCGUUGUCUUGCGUCCGUCUUCCGCAAGCUUUCGACUUUUUCCAGCACAGUAUCGAGGAUAACGAGUCGGAUGAGAUUAAAUAGUAAAUUCUUACGGUUUUUCGUUCUGGGGUCGUUCAUAUAUCAUGAUAAUAAAUCCCUGAAGACUUCAAAACUUCCGAUUUGGCUUUCUUAUGAAAAUUUGAAUUCUCAUGAAAAAUUGAGAAUAUGUUGAGAAAGUUUUUAGUGGCCACUGUAGUAUUCGGAUUAAUAUCCACUGAAAGAGAACGCUAAGAGGGAAAACAGGGGCUUUUGUAUAGGUGGUUUUAGUGACCAUCUCAGCGACCUCUCCUAGUGGUCCUUGAAAAAACCUCUAAAGUGGCCAUUAAAGUUUUUCCAGUAUAUUUUCAUAGUUACCAGCUGUUAAAAAAAAUUUUGCCUCAAAAUCUCAGCUUUCAAACUUGAAGGAAACAUAUUUCGAAAUAUUAUAAUUUUCGAAAGUGUAAGAAACACUCGGCUGUGUUGAUAUGUAACUACUAGUUGCUUCUGAAGAGUUUUGAACUAAAAUUAAUUUCACGAUUCCAUCUAUUUCCCCCCUUUGCAGUGUCCACAUGCUCACGAACUUUUCAAAGCCGAGUAAUCCACCCCAGAAAAACAAGCUCAACUGGAACUUGUCGAAUCAUCUGAUGGCCCAAGAGGCAACGUUGACGCAGAUGAUUAAAAGGUACAGCUUUUAUUAUUCAUAUAUUUCAGGACAAUACCCUCAAUUUCAACUUUUUUAAGUGGCACAUCAGGAAAGGGAUGAUUUUAUAGAUCCGAAGUCGUCGAAAUGAAAGAAGAGCUAUCGUCUUUGGCUCGUUGCGCAGUGUUGGCUGAUGCAAGUGGGCGUGUCCAUUCGGGUAUCGCCACGAAUUUCAUGGUGGCCAGUGCGGUUCUCGACAAAAUCAACAGGAAGAAUACCAACUUGACGGAUGAGCAGAUUGCCUUUGUGAGUUUUCCUCAGAAAAGAUACAUCUGAUUCACUAUGACUUGAUCGUCAUGUGAACACAUGAUCGGUUCCGGCUUUAGUAGCGAAAAAUGAAAGGAAGAACAUACUUACUCGAUAGCUGCGCCCGACCUCGAGCGACUUUUCUCCGCUUUGCUAGAAAGAUGCCGGCGCGCGCAAGUCGUUUUCUUGUGUCUACGCGCUGGAGUAGUAUGUUUUCCCGAAUAUCGCAAGUCUUUCAAGUUUCUCUACGUGGAUAAAUGAGUGUUAGUUAAGAUAAAAAAUUGCGGAAAAUAAAGAAGGGAUGAAAAUCCAGAAAGAAAUGAACCAUUACCGAGAGUUCUCUUCCUUCAAAUAUGUUUUUUCCAAUUUGCAGAAGCUGGUCAAUGGACUCAGCACGUCUUUCUUGUUGGAAAAUGGUGAUCAAACUGAAAUGACGGAACGAUUGACGAUCGGCCGACAGUUGAUCAAUUGGGCCGCUCAUUUGAACUCACACCGUUAGAAACAAUUACUGAAAGAAAGAUAUUUUGAAGUUCAGGCGUUCCGAACGAGAUGCAUUUGGACUUGUUCCGUCUGGCGAGAAAGUCUGAAAACCGCAAACUCGCCUAUUUCCACCUGACUUCGUUGAAUAUGGACCUCCAAAAUGGCCUGAUGCACCUUCACAUGGCUCGGCAGGCCUUCAAGCUUGUUCGUCUCAAUUCUUUCCAGAAAAGUCGUCGAUGUUGAACUUUUAGAUUGAAAGCGAUCCGACCAACACGGAUGAGACCAUCGUGCCGGAAUUCAAUUCGCUUUUCCUGGCCAUGGCGACGUCUUUCCAGUCGGAUUUCCAUUUCAAACAGACCAUUGGGCUUAGAAAUGUGAGUUCUAUGAGUUAUAGGCAUAAUUGAAAUGGGAACUUCUUCAAAUAAGGAUCUUGUUGAAAGAGUUUGUUGAGAGCAAAGUGUUGGCACAAGGGCUUUAUCGGAUUCAGUUUCUUUAAUUGAGAUGAGUAAUUUUUUCAGUUUUAUUUUUAAGUUAAGGACUCAAUGAACCCUUUUCGUAGGCUGUUUGUUCGAACCUUUUGAAAAUAAUUUACUUUCCAGGAAUUUAACGUCGAUCGCCUGUCGGAAGCUAUGCAGAACUUCAGUAUGUCUUUCCAGAUGCUUCUCAAAAGUUAUAAUCACUAUUUUCAAGAUAUCCAGCCAGGAACCGCCGAAAUGAUGGUCAAAAUGAACGAGGCGAUGGCCAGGACCGGAGUUCAAAUCGCUGAUUAUUUGGUCGCCAACCCAGCCGCUUGCUCUUAUUUCGCUCCGAAAUGUGCCUCGACUAUCCUUUGGGUUGACCAACGAGAAGUAAAUAUAACCCGGGUGUUUUUGAAGCACGAAAUGCAGCGACUAAGCAUGGGGACGUCGGAUUUCGUCGGUUCUUUGUUGGUUUUGGCGACGCGGAUGUGUCCGAGACUCUCCAAGGCGCACAUGAAGCUCGCCCAGUGGGCCUAUGACUUCGCGUCGAAUGGCUCUGUCAGGGACAAGUUCUUCGCCCAUUGUAAUGUGAGUUUUUGGGAGAAAAACAGAAAACUGGCUGCAAAUUCAUGGAAUACAACAAUCUAUGGAUUAGGGCACUACAGCCGUCGAUGCCACAUUCCACUCAAAGUUUCGAGAUCAACCAAUUUUCGCAUUUCAUCUUUUCUACAGACUUUUUUAUAUGAAUAAUGCUCGAAGUCUUGAAAACUCGAAUUUUUUCGAAGUUUCCUCAAAAAAAAAACUGGAAGGUCCAAAAUUUGUUUCGAUUUUUUCGUACAGCAACACAUUUCGAACAGUUCACAGCAUAUUUAAAAUAUUUUCAUUACGACUUUUCAUUAUCAACUUCCUUUUAAAAAAUUUUCAUUAUGAAGUAAGAUGUUUAUUGUUUUCAGGUUCCUUUCGGCGACGCCAACAGCAAGGAAGCUCUGUGGAAGGCGUUGAACAGCCGAACUCUGGCGCAGUUGGAAACGGAAGUCUCCAAAGCGAUUGGAGCCAAACUUGCGCCGUCCGUUUUUCUUUCUGAAAUCAGAAUUGAAAUAAACGUCGGAACUAUCCUUUUUUCAGAUUGCUCCUGACGCCCGAAGGAUUUUACGUCAGCCUGUGGACUGAGGUCAAGCAUCAUCGGAUUCGAUUCUACGAAAUUGCCGCUGAAGCUUAUUUUUCUUACAUCAACAUGUCGGCUGGUUCCAAGGUUAAUAUUAGGAAAUCAGACUAGGUUUCUUAUGACUUCUUAUGACUUAUGACUAAAAUCGUUCAAUAGCUUGAAAAAUGGCGGCCUUUAGAGCUAUGCCCGACCCUGAACGGUUUUGGCACUUAUUUUAUGACUUAUCUGCGCAAAUCAUCUCUGUUUCCUCACCGGCGACGUCAGAGAAACAAAAAAAUAGCACGAAAAUAUGGGAGAGUCGCUUACAGACGAGGAGGGCGCAGAGAAAAACAGCAGUUCGCGUCGCGAAAAAGCGGAGUAUUAUAGCUUCGCGACCGCUUUGAGCCAUUCUCAACGUUUUUCCUGCCAUGAUGAUUAGAUAACGGAGAAUUUUCCCACUGAACACUUAAUUUGUAGAAAAACGAAGGCCUCGUCUCGGCGACGUUGAAAAUCCUCGAUCUUCUGAUUCGCAAUGGGGAUUUGGUCAUCGAUACGGUUGAGAAAGGGUUGAUUAUAACAAAUGUUUUGGCUUGGAAAGGUACGAAAAAUAUUGAAGUGGUAAAUAAUUGGGUUUUCAACAGAUAUCCUACCACAAUUGUUCGCCAGACUCUCUCAUCCAUCUCCGGAAAUUCGACGAAUUUUAGUGGACCUACUUUCUAGGAUUUGUAAGUUUCAGGGAAGAGAAAAAAAUAUUUACACAGGUUUCAUAAAGAGCUGUUGAUAGUAUUUUUCUCGAAUUUUGCAAGGCUUUUGCGUUUUCGAAAACUUAGCAUCGUCGGAAAAUGAACUAGAGCAAAAAAGAAAAAGUGCAAGAAACUUACUUCAAAAUUAUUCUAGGCGUUGCCGCUCCGCACUCUGUCGUCUUCCAAAUCGUCGCGGGCGCUUCGACCUACUCACUUCUAGACACGGAAGACGUUAUGUCGGCUUCGGAUGCUCGUGACGACGAGAAAGUCCUCUCCUCCACUGACGUGCAUUCAACUCCCACGUUCUCUGAAUCUAUAAGAGUUUUCAGGAACGUUCUCAAAUGAGCGAAUGCUGUCAGAAGCUGGAGCAACACCUCGAGCAGUACUUCCCCAAGUUGGUCCGAGACGUCCGCCAGUUUGUGAAUGAGCUCCAGCGAGUGAAUAUGCUGAAUGAAGAAAAGUGAGAUUCGCAUUUUGGAGAGAGAAAUUUGAAUACUUGCGGCAGGUGCAGGAAAAAGUGAAUGUAAAACAAAAAAGGAAAACUUGAAAAAAAUAACCUGAAAAAAAUUUUUGAGUGUGAAUACUGAGUUUGGUCGAAGUUGUGUUCAAAAUGUGCUUCAAAAUACAACCUCUUCUUAUGCAAAAAAAAAACAUGAGGUUUAACUUCGGCGGGUCCGCAAAAAACUUCUGAAAUUUCUCCCGUGAUUUCAUCUAUAUUCUGGUCAAUCCAGGUGGGCGAUGGUACUGAGUACGAUGGAGUACGAGAUGGAGAAGCGCCUGGCGCAGAUUCGAGCUGAAAAUAGCAAAACUGUGGCCGCCAGUCACCUGGAGAUGGAAAUUCGGACGGAGAUUAUCGAGAAAAAGACGAAGUUGAUCACUAGCCAAGUUCUAGAAGUUAAGAAAAAAAAUCUCAUGCUUCUCUUCUAGAUAUUCGAAGUCCUUGACGAACUGUACGAGAGAACUUGCGUCAGGCCGGCGGAGACUGAAAAUGAGCACGAGUUCCAAGAAUUGUUCGGAGAGCAGUUGAAGGCGGCUUUCCAGGAGUCGAGGGACCAUCGAACAAAUCCGGAGAAAGCUUGGAAUCCUUUCAAAAAGGUGCAGGAUUUUGGAAGAAAAUAAUAAUGAAAAAAUGUUGAAUUAAUUUCAAUAUCUUACAUUUAGAUCGCUGCCAACCUGACACAAAGGAAUGCCAAACGAGGCGGGCAAACCUACAACAUGGCCAGCAUCUCCAAAAUUCUAAGCAAUGUUAGCUUGUUAAAAUAGUCAUUCAUCUACUUUUAUCUUCUUCAGAUGUCAAAAUCAAGUGUUCCGAUGCCCGGACAAGACUCGGUUGACUUUAACGAUGUGAUUUCUAUCGAUCGAGUUUCGGCUCAAGCGCAAGUUCUGCCGACGAAAACGCGCCCCAAAAAGUUGUGCUUCGUUGGGAGCGACGGGAAAAGGUGAGAAUGGAUAUUUCGAGCAGAAAACAAAAUUAUGAAGAAAUUCUAUCUCUAUUUGACACUUGCCAAGUUUUGAAUACUUUCAAAUUUAGAAAAAAAAAAAAAGCUUUUUCGUAUAAACUCCCCUCUAGUUUGCCGUUUUUUGAGCUGGUUCGAGCUCUGUUAUCAUCAAAAAUAUAUCGAAUAAGAAAUUUCCAGCCACGUUUUCCUCUUCAAAGGACGAGAAGAUCUUCAUCUCGAUGAACGAGUCAUGCAGCUUCUGCGCCUCUGUAAUCGGAUGUUAUCUGGUGGAAAGGCUAAAAGGUGCUCAUUUAAGGGUUUUUUGUGAUUGCCGAAGUGAAGCCCACAGAAAUUAUUCUAGAAAACUUUGAAAAGUUUAAGCAGCUAAAGAACUAUAAGCUGGGGAGUAGAAGUUGACUCACAAAAUAUUCAAAAAGGGUGGGUGAAGUCCAACUUUUAUCCUUAGGACGGUAGUUUUGACUACAAGUUGAUUUAAAGUUCAGGAAGUAGUACUGACUUUAGUUUGGGAAGACUCGGGAGAAGGAGAUGGCGCCUUUUAAAAAUGGUCUGCACAUUCAUGGGUUUGAAUUCACUUUUAGCUCAGAUUCUAAACUUCAUAAAGUUCGGUACUCUCAGCUAUCUAGAACUUUCAGCUGCUGGCCCGAGUACACGGCUCACAACUAUGAAGUGAUCCCUCUAGGACCCCGAUCUGGUCUCAUUCAGUGGGUCGAAGGCGCCACCCCGUUAUUCCACAUCUACCGCCGCUGGCAGUUCCGACAAGUUUCUUAUUUUUUUUUGCCGAUUCGACUUCUUCUGAUUCUUCAGAAAAGUCUGAAGCAGGCGACGACUAAGCCGACAGAAACAGUCACGGUUGGCGAGUUUGAUCGGCCCAGCGAGAUUUUCCAGCAGAAACUUAGGGCCGCCUUUGCUAACCAUGUGUGUAUUUAUUGCUGUGAAUAUAGUGGAAAAAGACGCAUUUUCGGAGUGUUCGCCCCUUUCAGAAAGUUGCGUCCACAGUGAUGACGGACAGGAAAGAAUGGCCUGAAGACGUCCUUCGAGAGGUCCUACAGUCCCUGAUGCAGGAAACGCCGAAAGAUCUUAUCAGCAGGUAACUUGGGACAUGUUCAAAAUUAAAUCAACUCAAUAUUUUCCUUUAAAUAAAUUAGCAGAAAGCUGCAAAACUCGUUUGAUAAUGGAUACAUGGACACUAUCCGCAGAAAUUUUCACCUCGGAAAGCGCGAUGAAGUGAGAUUUUACAAGAAUAAAAAAUGUUUCGACCUUCUGUUGGAUCUUUAAAAAGUGAUCUUUGAGGUGUCCAUUUCCGAAAAAAAUCAUGCUGGGGAAGGUUGAGAUACCCAAAAUCUUCUUUGAUAUUCUCAUGAAAUUUUGUGAGCCAUUUUCCAAAUAACUCUGAAAAUCAGAGUAAAGAGCCCUCCUUCAUGGGGAAUAUGAACUUCCAGAGAGUUCUGGAUGCGAAGCGGCUGCGCGACGACCUGGUGGAGAGUGACAAACAGAUUCGCACGAUCUUGCGCCGUGAUGAGCAUGAUCGGAGCGAUUCUGGGGCUCGGCGACCGUCAUCUAGACAACCUGCUCGUGAACCUCGCCACCGGCCACCUCGUCCACAUCGACUACAACAUCUGCUUUGACAAAGGCCGCAACCUGCGCGUCCCUGAAACCGUUCCGUUCCGUCUCACGCCGAAUAUCGUCAGCGCCCUCGGGCCGACCCAGAUUGAGGUGGGCGGAUUUUUGUAUUUGGCUCGUCAGGCAUAACAUUCGGGAGAUUCAAUGGAAUCCAUUUUCCUGGUGGCAACCGAAAUUGCUCAUUUCCAGAAAUAACGGAAAGAGGUAACCAAUUAACAGAUAGCCUAAAGAUAUUUAGAAAAAAAUAGUUGGUAUAGUCAAUGUUUCCCGACUUGAAAGGCGAUGGAGGCGGGGCAAGGGGCGGGACGCGUAGCGUGUGUGUUCGCGGUUCUUGGCACGAGUUCAAUUCAAUUGCCGCCGACUAUAUAAAAAGCGCGGCAACCGCUCUUUUUCAAUGUUUUCUACUAUUUUUUGAUGAAAACAUGAACAUUAUCAAUAACUAAUUGAAAAAGGAAUGAAAAGAACGAAAAACGGGAAUUUAAAAGAGUCGAUGGCGGUUGAAUUGAACACGUGGCAAGGACCGCGUACGCACACGCUACGCGUUCCGCCCCCUGCCCCGCCUCCCUCGCCUUUCAAGUCGGGAAACAUUGACUAUAGCUGGGAUUUUUUCUGGUUGAUAUUUGGAAAUUUCACAUGUCUUAUUGAAAUCCUUCGGAUAGGGAAUUCUUCGUUGGGAAUCAGGACAGAUCUCACUUCGCAGUGUUUGAGGAACCCACUUUGAAAAUGAAAUUUCAACUGAACUCCUCGGAAAAUGAAAAGUUUCAAAUUACUGACUGUUCCUAAAGUAAAUAAAAAUUUCACCUAGGUUUUUUUUUAGUUUUCUACGCGGUCUUGCUUCCACUAGAGCUCCAUUUUGAACAUUUCAAACUCCAAGGCUUCAAUUUUCAGGGUGUGUUCCGUGACUCUUGCGAACAUGUGUUGAAAACGCUGAGAGCCGGCAAAGAAGUGUUCAUGACGAUGCUGGACACGUUCGUCUACGACCCACUGGUUGAUUGGACCGCCUCUGAUCACAUCACCUCGAACCCCAUCAGCUUGGCUCUCACUUUGGCCGUCUAUGGUCUGGCUCUCCCUUUGGCCGACUUUAUUUCCAUAUGACUUGCCGCGAAUGGGAUUUUAUAGGUUCAGAAUGGCGCGCCAACAGCGUCCGAUCGAUAGCGCGGGAGAUGUUCGGCAUCCGAUUGGUUGAGCUGUCGAAGCCGUGGAUGGAUAAUUGGUAAUUGAUUGUACCAUGGAUUUUGUAACAGCAAAGUUUACUAGUGAGGAGAUCCGAACGGCGCUUCAAAGAGUCUCGGAUGUGCUUCUGAAGCAGUCGCACAUGAAUCGAGCGGUCGCAGAUCGGGAUAGGAUUAAUCAGGUGGGUUUCUAUGGAGAAGUGGCGAAGUUAUAUAAAAAGAACCUAUGAAAUGUUAACAACGGAGGUCAUCUUACUUUCUCAGAAACUUUCCGAAAAUUGGCCAGAAAAAUUUAAUAUGUACGGGAUCAUCCGGUCUGGAUGAAGAUUUCACAAGUCUCAACCUGCUAAAAUUCUUGGUUUUUGUCAAAUGAGUGGCUCAAAUCUCCGAAACGGCCUAUUUUGACUAUUUUGAUUUUUUGCGUCUUUUCUCAAAUAUUUGUGAGUGAAUCGCUUGAUUGCAGAUCAAGAUAAGGCUAUGGGAAAACACUGCAAAGACUAGCAAAGUUCGAGAGUGCAGCCGCUGCCUCUAGAGAUAUCAGAGGAGUGAGGGCUCUAGUUUUUUUUUUCUGGGGCCUCUCCUGGUCCCUGCUUUUUUAAAUCAUUAGUUGUAUGACUUGCGACAAAACUUAUGUAAAAAUAAAAUUUUAUUUUCAAAAAAAAAAUUAGCGAUACGUGCAAAAUUUUUCUGUGCAGCUUUUCGAAACACUGGCGCUGAAGAUUCUGGGCUCCUGCAGAAACUUUUCAAUAAUUAUCCUUUCUUGUAUAUUCAGGAACGUGUUGAAUGUGGGCGGCAGUUGAAAUCGGCGAUCGCACGACACCAUAACAUGAUGAAGGAUUUCCGGCCACUGAUCCGAGUUCUUGCCGGCGUAUGAUGCAAAUCUUCCCUUUCGGAUCAAAAUUAUCGUUUUCUAGUGUGAUUCGCGUUUCCACGACUUUAUCCGAAUGUACAAACAGUAUUUUGGAGAGCCGUUGCUGAAGUGAGUGGAGUGGUCCUUGAAAAAAGGAUUUGGAUGAAUUUUGCAGGGGCCACGCCGCCUUGGAUUCGACGGACGCCGACAUUUCCUCGUGUCUUCAACACUUCGAAGUCGUCUUGGAGCAUAUCAGAAAGUUAGAGCGAGUAUAGUGCUCAAAGAAGUGUGGGAAAUAAUGUCGAAAAGUGUCGCCGCGAUUUUUAAAAGCUUUCCGAGCAUUUUAGCUUUUUCAAACCUUUGUGGUUGCUCUAGUGAAACGCCUCUGAAAACUAUUUCUAGCAGCCAAUCAGAACUGUUUCUCGUUAGAGCGAAUAUCAAAAAAGAAGCCUAAUUGAAAUUGAAACAGUUUCCGAGCAGUAUCAUUUUUUUUUAAUCUGCAUUCUCAAGCUUCUCCUCAGCAAAAAAGUCUGUAAAAAAGGUCUAGGUUCAACCAAUUUUGCGUUUCUGAGCUGAGAUACAAAGUGAAAAACUUGAAAAUUUUCAAGUUCCCUUGAACAAUUCUCAGAUCAAAAAGAAGGUAUUAUUUUAGAGUUUUCGAAACCCUGACUCUUUUGGAUGGCGAACCUGAGAAACAACCGGCGCUGGAACCACCACCCGGCCUUGAGAGUUGGUGAAUUUCGAAAUUCCACUCUGUCGGUAAAAGUGAAGAUGUUGAAACUAAAUUUCCUUCGCUCAGGGACAUUGAAAAAAAAAAUUGUAGACUUAGAACUAUCUGGUUAGGCGUAAUGUCCUUUUUUUUCUGGUUCCUUUCUUGAAAAAAAAAAUUCAAAAACUUUUUUUUCCUUUUCUCAUUUUUGUAAAAAUUUUUUAAUUUACAGUUUUCCUAUAAGAUAUAUGAGUAUGAAAAAUGCAACUUUCACUUGGAAAUUCGAAAAACCAAGAGGACUUGAUCUUUUUUUUUCAGACCAUUAGCUGGGCUGGUCCAAAAAGUCUUACUUAAAAAAAUUGAAAUCUUUUUUUGUCAAAAAUAAAACUUUUUAUCGAGAAAUUCGCAAUGCAAAAAAAGUUAUAUCGCUUUUACGUUACGGGUUAUUCCACUGCAUCUUUAUCUUUUAUUUAUUCGAAAACCUAUCUAUAUACGGUAUGCUGGGAAUGAACCUAUUAUUAUCAUUAAAAAAAAGUAGAGUGAAGGUAACUUUAUUGAAUUCCAACAGAUGCUUGGGUGUCGAAACGGGAACAGGAAGAGAACGCACACGCGAGAAAUGUGGUCAGCGAGGUGGAAAAGCGCCUGGAUGGCAAAGUCGAAGGCUCAGAAGUGGCGGUGAGCCCGCGUGAGCAGGUCGGAGCUCGUCUUCGGUUCACAUCAACUGGGAAUGCCUUGUUUAGGCCGAUCUGAUGAUCGAGCACGCGACGAGUUUCGGCCGGCUCUGCAAGAUGUACGAAGGAUGGACGGCUUGGGUGUAG